AUGGCCAAUAGAAACGCAAGACUCCGAUCCUGGGCCUGCCGCGCUCCCCGGGCUGGGAUCAACGUCCCGGGGCUCGUGUGUCCGCCCCGAGCAGCGCGAACCCGCCUCGCCCUGGCCGCGGGCACUGCUCCGGGGAAACUCCGUGGAAAUCUUGCUGGCAACGACACAGGUCGGAACGGAGCCCGCCAGGGAGCACCGGUCCGGAAGCGCGGCGCGCGGCUUGGAGCAAACGGGGCGCCCCCCCAGUUCCCCGCGGCACACGCCCGCGCCCGGCCAACUGAACGGCUCCGUCGGGGACAGGAGUCGGACCAAUCGCCACCCCUCUCACUAAACCAUUCCAGCCAAUCAGACUGCGAUGAAGGCGGGCGAGUCCUGAACCCGCCUCCUCUGGCAGCGGCUAAUCAGAGGGAACAAGGACAAGGCCGGCUUAGGCCUGGCCCCGCCCACACAACCCUGUCAGCCAAUCGCCGCACUCCUGAAAGCGGCCAACGGAAACGCGAGACGCUGAAUCCGGCCGGGCCGGAAUCCGUGGCCCUGUACCGUGCGUCCGCCCCGAGCAGCGCGAACCCGGAUUUGUUCCCGGCUCUUAUCUCCGGGCUCCAAGCCCCGCUCCAGCCCCAGGCGGGCAGCGCGGAGCAGCCUUUAUUUCUGCUGCCUGAAAUCCGAUCUACAGGGCCCCGGGCGCACCGCCUCUCGGAGCCGGUUGGUUAUCUGCAGUACCUCCACGCUGCUGCCCGGUUGUCACCACAGGAGCGCGGCACUGAGCUCGGUUUUAUUUUCUCUGGCUUUCGCCUGGAUGCGAUGCCAAGUUUGCAGCACAGAGGGCGGCACCGAGCCGCAUAGAUCCCUCGCCGUAUCUCCGAGCUCCAAGCCCCGCUCCAGCCCCAGGCGGGGAGCGCGGAGCCGGGUUCGGUACCUGCCCGGCAAUGCCCGGCGCGGCCACAGGAGGGCGGCUCUGAGCAGGGCUUAUUCUCCGCCUUCACGUGCUGCAGCAAUGCCCCGACGGGACCACAGGAGGGCAGCAUCGAGCUCUCUAGCCCUCGACACAGCUCCGCCGCGGACUGACUGAAGCACAGGAGGGCAGCAC